CAGAUUUUUCAUAUGAAAGAAUUGUUUGCAAUGUUGCAGUUGAAAUUUGCUGCACAGUUUCAACAAGAAACGAUGAUUGAUGAUACACGCGCGACGACGGUCUUCGACAGUCCCGUAGGACAGGAAAUGAAAUCCCUGGUUGAAAUAAAAAAUCAAAUACAACACUUGGAGAAGCUUAUUAGAUGUAAAAUCUGUCUUGACAGGGAUGCGUGCAUGGCGUUUUUUCCUUGUCGUCACAUGGCAACAUGUGAAUAUUGUGGAAGCUUUCUCGAGAAGUGCCCUGUUUGCAGAGCUUUAAUCGAAGAGGCAGUAAAAGUAAAUAAAAAGCAGUAGAAUGAGGUUUUUUGGUUUUUAUUUCAACGGUAUAUAUUUGGUGGUUUUGGAUAUACGUAACUUAUCUUUGUAUUCUUUAAUGUAUUUUGUCAAAGUAGAAAGAUAGUAAAUGGGCUUUUCCCACUGAAUCAUUUCAUGUAUAUAGCUAUGAUAUAAUGACACAAUUAUAUGUUCAUCUUUUCGAUUCUGUUAACAACAUUACAGCUUAGAAAAUAUUCAAUAUUAUUUUUUUACACAGACUUCUUCUUAAACCAUACAAACCAUACAAACCAUAAGACGUUAUUAUUCGACAAAUACUUACAAAGUGUAAUUUGAAAAAAGAUAUCGGGUUAGUUAGGGACCUUUUAUUAU